GUCAGACCCGGCUGCUUGGAGGCGGAUCUCGCCGUGUCGACGAGCCACAUGGUCCAGCAUGGAGAGAUAUAUCAAUGCCCCUUUCUCUCAGUGUCCCGUGAGUCUGGGCAUUGCAUCGCACAUUCAUGAAGAACAACCAGAAAUCAUUUUGCUGCGUGAAGAAAAAACAUGGCCUUUGCAUCUGUUCCAGGCCUUGGACAGGCUGCCCUCGAUGACCAAGCACCGACGAACGACCCUUUCCUCGAAUUUGCCUAUUCAGAGAAUGGAAAUGCGCUCUCAGCAGACCAGGAUCCCAUGCUUCCAACUCCCGUGAAUUACACAUUUCUAGCGGAUAGCGCUCUCCUGCGGCCAGGCCAAGAUUCUUUUCCAGAUCUUGCCUUGGACAUGAACGCCGUUGAUGGUGGUCUAACCUCUACAUAUUCCCCGUAUCUGGGGCAGACUGGGUUCAGCGCUGGCGUUGCUACGCCCGAACCAUAUCUCUCUUUCACUCAACAGCCUUCUUCGAGCGACCCGGAUCCCGCAAGCCUCAGAGUACUGAAUUCACCUCCACGUCCGUCCAACUCCAAGCGCGCCAAUUACAGUGGGAAACUAUCAGAGAACUCCCUUAUGAACUCUCGGGAAACUUCCGCCGUUAGCAGUUCGACCAACACAGCCAAAAGAGGUCGUAAGCCAAAAUCGAAAGAGCCAUCGAGCGAUCCCGAAGCGCUCAUGCUGAAAGCGAAGGCAACCCAUUCAGAAAUCGAGCGUCGAUACCGCGAUAAUUUGAAGGAUAAGAUACUUCAGCUUCAUGACACUCUCCUCGCAAUAGGGGCGAACCCACGGAUGACACGGCGCCGAGCCACAGGCAGCUCGCCUCCAUCAACGCUGGGCGACAGGGUCCGUAAAGCUGAGGUUUUCACCAAUGCGAUCAACUAUAUACACCAGUCGGAGGUGGAGAUACGGCAUAUGGCCAAUGAAAUCCAACAGCUGAGGACCCAACUCUAUCAACUAGAGCAGCUAGCCGGGUCUCAACAACACCUUUUCCGGAAUCUAGCGAUGUAGGGCCGACUCUGAAGAACCGAGUUUGCAAGACCCUGUUGAUGUCUAAAGAGGGCAAAAGUCUUGAGCAAUUCAGCGAGGCGUUGGAGUCAUCAUCUCGUUGAGCAGAGAUGGCGUAAGGCGGGGCUCGCUUCUGAGCUCUUGGGAUGGAUCGACUGGCACUGUGAGGCCACUCUGGGGUUGUGAGAUUGUCUCGAAGACGGCGCGGCUGGGGGAAUUUCAUGCUUAUCACACUGUUUUCAAGUUCUCUAUCGGCAAAAUAGGCGCAUGUGGCUUACCUUUAACUUG